UAUAACCUUACCAAGUUUGACCUACAAACGCCACUUCUACAUCACUCUGUUUUUACAAUUUUUCUCUGUAAUCUUUCAAAAAUGGCACUUCUCGGACCACCCGAACUCCACGACCCAACUCUCCUCAAAAAACCCAAAAACCAAACCCUGAAUUCAUCAUCAACUGAUCAAUUCAUGAACCUUAUGGUAUCAGAUUUCAAUACAGCCGAACUUUCUCAUCGCUUACCGCGGAUGGGCUACACUGAAAACCGCUCCGCCACUUUCUUAUCAUCAGGUAAUCCAUGUCUUGAUUUCUUUUUCCACGUAGUACCCGAUUCUCCAUCACAAUCUGUCGAACAGAGGCUCUUCUCUGCUUGGCAGCACAACCCUUUAACUACCCUCAAACUUAUUUGCAAUUUACGCGGUGUUCGUGGCACCGGUAAGUCUGAUAAAGAAGGGUAUUACACCGCCGCCAUUUGGCUUCACAGGUUCCACCCCAAAACCCUGGCUUGUAACGUUCCUUACAUGGCGAAUUUUGGGUAUUUUAAGGAUUUGCCGGAGAUCCUCUACCGGCUUUUAGAGGGUAGUGAGAUUAGAAAGACUCAGAAAAGCGAGUGGUUGGGGAGAAAAAAAGGGUAUGGCGGUAAAAGGAGAGGCCGUUAUAAUGGAUAUGGUGGUUAUGAACCUUGUGAAAUUCAUCCAUUUGCUGCUAAGAAAAAGAAGGGUAAAAGAUCAGGCAAAGGAGUGAAGCCGCCCCGUGUGACUAAAGAAAUCAGGAUCUUGAAUGCUUUAAAAACGAAUGAAAUUGAAAAGGAGAAGGCCAGUCUGCAAAGGAAAGAGAAUAAGGUUUCAAUGGCUAAGAAGGUUUUUCAUAGAUAUAACAGAGACCCUGAUUUUCGAUUCUUGUAUGAUCGCGUUUCGGAUUUUUUUGCGGAGUGUUUGAAGGCUGAUAUGGAACAUUUGAAGUCUGGGGAGAUGGUGAAAGUUAGUUUGGCUGCUAAAUGGUGUCCCUCUAUUGACUCGUCUUUCGAUAAGGCGACUCUGAUAUGCGAAAGCAUCGCGAGAAAAGUGUUUACUAGAGACGCGUAUCCUGAAUACGAAGGGGUUGAAGAGGCGCAUUACGCUUAUAGAAUUCGCGAUAGGCUGCGAAAGGAGGUUUUGGUGCCGCUGCGUAAAGUUCUCGAGUUGCCAGAGGUUUUUAUUGGGCAGAAUCAAUGGGGCGAGAUUCCUUACAAAAGGGUGGCUUCUGUUGCUAUGAAGUUUUACAAGGAGAAGUUUCUGAAACAUGAUGCUGAUCGUUUUAUGCAGUAUUUAGAGGAUGUGAAAGCCGGGAAGGCGAAAAUUGCAGCUGGGGCAUUGUUCCCUCAUGAAAUAAUUCAGUCAUUGAAUGACGAGGACGGCGGGCAGGUAGCUGAAUUGCAAUGGAAAAGAAUGGUUGAUGAUCUUUUAAAGAAGGGGAAAUUGAAAAAUUGUAUGGCUGUUUGUGAUGUUUCGGGCAGUAUGGCAGGUACUCCAAUGGAAGUUUCUGUUGCAUUGGGUGUUUUAGUUUCUGAACUAAGUGAUGAGCCAUGGAAAGGGAAGCUGAUAACUUUUAGUGCUAACCCUACUCUUCAAUUUGUUCAAGGAGAUACUCUUCUUGAUAAGUCAAUGUUCGUGAGAAGAAUGGAGUGGGGUAUGAACACCAAUUUUCAAAAGGUGUUUGAUCUAAUUUUACAAGUUGCUGUGAAUGGGAAAUUGAGAGAGGAUCAGAUGAUUAAAAGAUUAUUUGUGUUUAGUGAUAUGGAAUUUGAUCAAGCUUCAACAACACCAUGGGAGACUGAUUAUAAGGCUAUAGUGAGAAAGUAUACUGAAAAGGGUUAUGGAAAUGCUGUGCCUGAGAUUGUGUUCUGGAACUUGAGAGAUUCGAAGGCUACGCCAGUUCCGGCUACACAAAACGGAGUGGCGCUUGUGAGCGGGUUUUCGAAGAAUUUGAUUAAGUUGUUCUUGGAUGGAGAUGGUGCUAUUGACCCUGUCUCGGUUAUGGAAGCUGCUAUUUCUGGUGAAGAGUAUCAAAAGCUAGCUGUGCUUGACUGAUUCUAUUUUCUCUUGUGUUUUUGAGAAUGAAAUUGACUAAUUCUGUUUUUUAUUGAGAAUGAAAUAGAGCAAUUCUUCAUUUUCAUUUGAGCCUCUUUCAAUUUCCAUUUUAUUUAUUUGUGUAUAUAAUGUAAAACUUUCAAAUGAAACUGAAUUGAAUUCAAAUAAUUCUGCUAUUCCAGCAAA